AUGCAUCCGUUGCAUGUCCCUGCAGCUGCGGCGGCCGCCGCCGUGCUCUGCUCAGCCACACUGCUGCUAACUGCCGUCCUCGCCACCCACGCCCAAAACACCACCACGCCGACGUUGCCGUCAUCUUCGACCUCCUGCGACCCAGCGAUGUCUGCGCAUCAAGUAGACAAGUACCCGUUCUGGCUCGGCGGCACGCACCCGCCGGUCGGCUACCGCGCCUUCCAGGUCAGGUGCGACUGCAACGGCACGUCCUCUCUCAGGAACUCCAUCUGGACGUACCAGAUCACGGAGAUCUCUUACGGCAACGACAACGGCACCUUCCCGGUCGCCAACACCGAUCUCUCCGACGGCAGCUGCGACAUCAAACUCAAAGUGAACGCCUCCUCCGACCUCGGCUACGCGCCCUUCGGCAUCAGCGCCACCAACCAGGAGCUCUUCUUCCUCUACAACUGCACCAACCUUCAGGCGCAGCCGCUGCCGCUUGCUUGGGCGCCCGUUAACUGCACGAAUGCCAACACGUCCAUAUUCAACUCGUUCGCGUUGCUCUCCGGCGGGUACAAGCCCGACAACAAAUGGGAGCCGAUACCGGGGAGCUGCACCGUGUCGAUGAUGCCGGUGCUGGGGUACCCUGGGGCGACCGGGGCGGACUACCGGCGGCUGAUGAACAGCGGGUUUCUUGUCGAGUAUACGGCCGGCGACUGCAGGGCGUGCGAGGAGAGUCGAGGCUUUUGCCGGAUUAACACCACCUACGAUAUCUUCGAGUGCCGCUGCUCUGACGGCAUGUCUGACUUCAUCAUCUGUCGUAGCUCAGUUUAG